AUAUCCGAGGAGCGACCUCCGCGAAAACCCUGUCCAUCUUUGAUGUUCCAAAACACCAACGCCAAGUCUCACCCUCAUACCGCCCUUCCCAAUCUGGCCCAUCCCCAGCAGAAAAAUACAAAAAGAUACCUCAGCAAUAAUAUCAAGCACAUAAUCAACAGACUCUUCUGA